AUGUCAACCGUCGCCUCCGACACUACCCUCAAACGAAGGCGACCCGCCCACCACCCCGUCGCGCAAGGCCACGACAAGAAGAGAAAGAAGCAGCAGUGCGUAGCGGCGGCGGCGGCGGUGGCGGCGGCGCUGCUUGAGGUGCGGCACGUCGGGAUCCCCUUGGUUUCCAAUGCCACCGGGCGCCCUUGCGAGUCCAUCCGGCUCGAGGCCGGCCGCCUCUACGCGAUCGGCCGCGGCGCCGGGCGGUGCGACUUCCUCCUGCCCGACCCCCGAGUCAGCAACCUCCAUUGCCGCAUCCUGUUCGACGGUAGCCAGCGCAAGGUCUUCGUUUUCCAUGCCGGGUCUCGUCCGAACGACUCGUUUGUUUCUAGGGAGAGAGUCGGGGAGGAGAGCGAGGCUGCUCCUUGCGGUGCUUUGAGUCGAGUGUUUGCCAAUGGAGUCGAGUGUCGGCAGGGCAGCGCCGUCGCGUUGUUUGCAGGGGAUGAAGUCCUGCUCGUGUGCGGCGGCGAUGGUAAAUGUAGGUCCGGCAAUCGAAUUGGAUUUGCUAUUAGGAGAAUUGUUGUCCUGGAUGAGGAGGAAGUGGUUUCUCCUGGUUCGGAUGAUCCUCGUGCAGUCAAGGAGAGGCUCAAUCUUUUUUCCAAGGAGCCUGCCACCGAUCCUGGUGGUGAACCAGAGUUGCCAAAUGUUUUGCCCAUUAACAAUUCCGACACCAUCUGUAAUUUGCCAAGCAUGAGGUGCAGACUUCCUCACCCACUCACUCAUGUGCAUCCAGCUGAAAAGGUUGUGAGCUCGGAGAUUGAUGGGAAAGGAGCAUGUGUUUCUGCCCAUGCUGGAAACUUAUCUCAAAGAGGCAACAAAUAUCUUGAGAAUGCUGAUCGAAUCACCUCUAAUCUAAACCGGGUGCCUCCAGAAACUGGCCCUUGUUUCAAUUCCACUGCAAAUGAUGAAAAUAGGCGCAGCUUCUGUCCACCUCCAGGGAUGAAUUUCUGCCUCAAUCGUCUUGAAUCUAUUGGACAAGGUUCUUUUGGUUGUAGUUCUGAAAUUUCCUUGGCAGAACUUAUCUAUCCCGUCGAAAGCAUUGCGCAGAUAUUCAUUGCGACGUUCACGUGUGACAUUGAGUGGUUUCUAUCCUACUGUCGAAUUCCUGACCAUUUGCCAGUGACCAUUGCUUGUCACGACACUGAUAGAUGUUGGAGCUCAAGCCCUGAGCAAAGAACCCUUGUACCUUAUCCAGAAUUUCCAAUGCUUGUUGUGGUAUAUCCCCCUUUCCCUGGGAUCAUUGCUUUUGCAUGUCAUCAUCCAAAGCUUCUUGUUUUCCAAAGAGAGGAUAGGAUUCGUGUCAUCAUUACUUCUGCCAAUUCGGUUGCCAAGUAG